AUGUUUUCGAUUUCUUCUGUGUUUUGUAAAAUAGCAUUUGUUGUGAAUUUUAUGGUUGUAAAUGAUACGAUGAUAUUAGCUGUAUCAGAGAAUAUGUUAUCAGUAUGGGAAUAUGAAGAUUUUGUACUUGAACGUUAUAAGCAACAUUUAAUCGAACCAAUGAAGAAUCUUUUAUCAACUGAUAGCGAUUUAGAUCAAACGUUGAAAAAUGUUGUAAUUGAAACGAAUGAUACUAUCGAUGGUUUUACGAAGUAUCGAUCAAUCAUUAAAGGCGUCAAAGAUAGAAAAUUUUGA